GAAAAUGGGGUGAUAAUAGCACCCCACUCGUGGACUCACAUUAGUUGACCUAGGUGGAGCUUGUAAUAACUGCUCUUAUUAUUAAGUCAUACUUGGCCUUCAGUGGGCUGCCGGUUUGUGGGUACCAUCACCCCAGAGCUCCAGCACUGGCUUCUCAUGAUGUGGGUUUCAAGGAGGUGGCAUGGCCGGGCCCUAGCUGUGGUCACAGCAAUUGGUGACCAAAUUGACGGGAAGCCGGAAGUCGGGACAGCCUGCAUCUGCAGGAAGGGGGCUGGCCCGUAGAAGCACUCGUAUAUCGGGCAUGUGCACAUCAGCGUCUGUGGGGUAGGCACAGGGGUGUGCACACACUUGCCUGCCUGUGUUCCGUGUACACUCCUGUAGGUACAUGAGAGGGUGUAUACACCCCAGUCGGCCCCUGGAGCCUGUAUACACCCAAGGGAGCCUGGUCUCCAUGUCUACACUAAUGGGCAUGUGAGGUGCAUGCACACCUUUGCAAGUCCUAGGACAAAGAGCGAGGGCCCUCCCUGGUUGUCUCCUGAGAAGCAGGCUUAGUCCUAGGGGAGGCGAUGAGGAAAAGGUCCUCUACAUGCCCCAGAGCCCCGGAGCUGGCCCCACGCAGGGGAUGCUGGGAGCUGGCAGGAAAGAGGAAGUGGCGGUCAGGAGGCCCUAGCAGGGCUGAGGUUCAGGAAGAGGGCGGGGCCCUCAGCCCGGACCCAGGAUGGCGCAGGCCAGUCCCCCUUUGGACCAGGAGCUGGAGAGCGAGCCGCGCAGCUGGUCCCUGCUGGAGCAGCUGGGCCUGGCAGGUGCGGACCUGGCGGCCCCGGGGGUGCAGCAGCAGCUGGAGCUGGAGCGGGAGCGGCUGCGGAAAGAGAUCCGCAAGGAGCUCAAGCUGAAGGAGGGCGCCGAGAACCUGCGGCGGGCCACCACCGACCUGGGCCGCAGCCUGGGCCCCGUGGAGCUGCUGCUGCGCGGCUCCUCGCGCCGCCUGGACCUGCUGCACCAGCAGCUGCAGGAGCUGCACGCCCACGUGGUGCUGCCCGACCCUGCGGCCGCCGCGCGAGAUGCCCCUCAGUCUCCUGGUGCAGGUAGCCAGGCCUGCUCGGCCACCAACCUGAGCCGAGUGGCCGGCCUGGAGAAGCAGCUGGCCAUCGAGCUGAAGGUGAAGCAGGGGGCAGAAAACAUGAUCCAGACAUACAGCAACGGCAGCACCAAGGACCGGAAGCUGCUGCUGACGGCCCAGCAGAUGCUGCAGGACAGCAAGACCAAGAUCGACAUCAUCCGAAUGCAGCUUCGACGGGCGGGCCAGCUGGAGAGCCAGGCAGCCCCCGACGAUGCCCAAGGGAGUGCAGACCUGGGGUCCGUGGAGCUGCGCAUUGAGGAGCUGAGGCACCACUUCCGAGUGGAGCACGCGGUGGCCGAGGGUGCCAAGAACGUGCUGCGCCUGCUCAGCGCCGCCAAGGCCCCGGACCGCAAGGCGGUCUGCGAGGCCCAGGAGAAGCUGACCGAGUCCAACCAGAAGCUGGGGCUGCUGCGGGAGGCUCUCGAGCGGCGCCUCGGGGAGUUGCCCGCGGACCAUCCGAAGGGGCGUCUGCUGCGCGAGGAGCUUGCUGUGGCCUCGUCGGCAGCCUUCAGUGCCCGCCUGGCGGGGCCCUUCCCUCCCACGCACUACAACACCCUGUGCAAGCCCGCGCCACUCACAGGGACCCUGGAGGUGCGUGUGGUAGGCUGCAGGGACCUUCCAGAGACCGUACCCUGGAGCUCCUCACCCUCGGUGGGGGUGCCUGGCACCCCCGACAGCCGCACCACCUUCCUGAGCCGCCCAGCCCGGGGCCUUUACAGCCGAAGCGGAAGCCUCAGUGGCCGGGGCAGCCUCAAAGUGGAAGCCGAGAACACCAGCGAGGUUAGCACUGUGCUCAAGCUGGAUAACACAGUGGUGGGGCAGACCUCCUGGAAGCCGUGUGGCCCCAACGCCUGGGACCAGAGCUUCACCCUGGAGCUGGAAAGGGCCCGGGAACUGGAGUUGGCUGUGUUCUGGCGGGACCAACGGGGCCUGUGUGCCCUCAAAUUCCUGAAGUUGGAGGAUUUCUUGGACAACGAGAGGCAUGAAGUGCAGCUGGACAUGGAACCCCAGGGCUGCCUGGUGGCCGAGGUUACCUUCCACAACCCUGUCAUUGAGAGGAUACCCCGGCUCCGAAGGCAGAAGAAAAUUUUCUCCAAGCAACAAGGGAAAACAUUUCAGCGCGCUAGGCAGAUGAACAUCGAUGUUGCCACCUGGGUGCGGCUGCUUCGAAGGCUCAUUCCCAAUGCCACGGCCACGGGUACCUUCAGCCCUGGGGCCUCUCCGGGACCUGAGGCCCGGUCCACAGGCGAUAUAUCUGUGGAGAAGCUGAACCUUGGGGCUGACUUGGAUAGUUUGCCCCAGAAGAGUCCUCUGGGCCCUCCUUCCAGCCCGUCGAGCCUGAGCUCCCCGACCCAGGAAACUGCCACCGCUCCCGAGCUGCCUUCGGAGACCCAGGAGACCCCAGGCCCCGCCCUGUGCAGCCCUCUGAGGAAGUCACCCCUGACCCUCGAGGAUUUCAAAUUCCUGGCAGUGCUGGGCCGGGGUCACUUUGGGAAGGUGCUGCUCUCUGAGUUCCGGCCCAGCGGGGAGCUGUUCGCCAUCAAGGCUUUGAAGAAAGGCGACAUUGUGGCCCGAGAUGAGGUGGAAAGCCUGAUGUGCGAGAAGCGGAUCUUGGCGGCGGUGACCAGAGCAGCACAUCCCUUCCUGGUGAACCUGUUCGGCUGUUUCCAGACGCCAGAGCACGUGUGCUUCGUGAUGGAGUACUCAGCCGGCGGGGAUCUGAUGCUGCACAUCCACAGUGACGUGUUCUCUGAGCCCCGCGCUGUCUUUUAUUCGGCCUGUGUGGUGCUGGGGCUGCAGUUCCUGCAUGAACACAAGAUCGUCUACAGGGACCUGAAGUUGGACAAUUUGCUCCUGGACACCGAGGGCUAUGUCAAGAUCGCAGACUUUGGCCUCUGCAAGGAGGGGAUGGGCUAUGGGGACCGGACCAGCACAUUUUGUGGGACCCCGGAGUUCCUGGCACCUGAGGUGCUGACAGACACAUCUUACACGAGGGCUGUGGACUGGUGGGGGCUGGGUGUGCUGCUCUACGAGAUGCUGGUUGGAGAGUCCCCGUUCCCAGGGGACGACGAGGAAGAGGUAUUUGACAGCAUAGUCAAUGAUGAGGUUCGCUACCCACGCUUCCUGUCGGCCGAAGCCAUUGGCAUCAUGCGCAGGCUGCUGCGGAGGAAUCCAGAGCGGAGGUUGGGGUCCAGCGAGAGGGACGCAGAGGAUGUGAAAAAGCAGCCCUUCUUUCGGACACUGGGCUGGGACACUCUGCUGGCCCGGCGCUUGCCACCUCCCUUCGUGCCCACGCUGUCAGGCCGCACGGAUGUCAGCAACUUCGAUGAGGAAUUCACAGGGGAGGCCCCCACGCUGAGCCCGCCCCGCGACGCGCGGCCCCUCACGGCCACUGAGCAGGCAGCCUUCCGGGACUUCGACUUCGUGGCCGGGGGCUGCUAGCCCUCUCCCCUGCCCCUGCCCCUGCCCUGACCAAGCUCUUAGUAGUUUUUAAAAAGGCCUUUGGGGUUUGCCCCACCCACGCA